UCGACACAGGCACACUCAACCGGCACGUACUCGCUGGGAGAUCUCGUCGGUGUUCGCAAGAUCCCCUCGGAAGAUCUUAGGUUGGAAUAAGGUGUUAACGUAAAGAGGUUCUGGGUGGUGCCCUCGCUGCCUCUAGAGAGUUGGACAAGUAUAUUUAUGACGUUGUUGGAUGAAUGCAUAAACAUGUAAAGGACAAAAUCCAAAAGGUGUUACCUGACAAGAAAAAUAAGUGAAAUAAACCUGGUUUAGAGUGCGAGCCCACCCCCCUCUCCAACUCCCUUUUCACCCCUCAGAUACCCCCCCCCCCCCACCCCUCAUCCAUGAAAUCCGCCUCAUAUUUAGCAUGACCCUCGCCACGCGUCACCAGGGCCCUUGCUCAUAACCUGGACCGAGCGAGCGUGGAACAACCUGUACCAAUCUCCACUCCAAGAUAAGGCAGUCGAGAAUAAAGGACGUGAAGAUGACGUAAUAACAUAAAAGAAUAAGAUUGAAAAGAAAUAAAGAAAAAAAGAAAGAAAGAGAGAAAGGGGGAAAGUAAGAAAAGAAGAGAGAGAGAGAGAGAGAGAGAGAGAGAGAGAGAGAAAGAAAAAAAGAAAAAGAAAAAAAAAAGAGAGGGGGGGGAACAGAGACAAGCAACGUUGAACAGAAGCUCGCGUGUUCGUUGGGAGGGAAAAAGUCUACGGCGAGAAAACCCGAGAUUCAGAUAUGGGUCUGCGGGGGAUGCUGUACCGGGCCGCGAGAAACAGGCGGGUGUGGACGCUAGUCACGGUCCUGUUCCUCUUCUAUGUUAACAUCAUUCAGAUAGCCAACAUGACGCGGAGUGAAGAAGAGUCUCGGACCUUCGAGUGGAAGCGAGCGAAGCCCAAACAAGCUGGAGAUUCGAAAUUCAAUUUUUUUCAAGACGAAGAUGAUCAAGACGUCGAUGAUAAUCUACCCGACGAUAACGAUAUGGGUGAUGUUCGAUAUAACGGUUACUAUUAUCAGGAUGAUGAAGCCCAAGCAAUUAAGGAUGGUGACUAUGAUGAGGGUGAUCCUUACGCGGAUGAGGAUGUUGAUGAAGGUGAUGAUAAUGAUGGUGAUCAUGAUGAAGAGGAGAGGGAGGAUGGUGAUGAUGGUUACUCAGAUAAUGCUGAUUAUGGCGACGCAAAGAACAGAGGGAGAGAAGAAGAGAACAAUAGAAACAAGGAGAGCAACCGAGAAGAUACAAAUGUGAUAAAGAUGGAACCAGCAGGAAACAUGAUAAAGAAAGAACCAGCAGAGCAAACGAUAAAGUGGGAACCAGUAGAAAAUAUAAAACAAGAAUUUCACGAAGAAAAAGACGGUCACGCGGAAACGAAGAAGAAUAACGGCGAAAACAUGAUGAUGGGAGGAGAAAAAAUAACAGGAGGAGACGACGAUAUUUACAACGGUUAUUACAACACGCAAGAAAAAGUAAAAAAGGUGCUGUUAGUGACGUACCAGCGCUCGGGAUCUUCCUUCGUCGGGGAGCUCCUGACCUCCGGGGGCGGCGCCAUGUACGUGUACGAGCCUCUGUUCCUCUGGCGUGCCCUCCUGGGACCCGGAGCCGACGUGGGCGUGGAGGAGAGGGCAGCCAGGGCGCUCGGUGAUCUCCUCGACUGCAAGCCGGAGGUGGUCCGUGCCUGGCGACGCCGCCCCUACCAGUACUUCCGGCGCAAACCCGAGGGCGUGCGCGACUGGUGCGUCGACGCCGACCUGCGCCUCCUCAAAACCAUCCGCGCCCGCGCCUCUUUCGUGCUACCGUGGAUGCGGUCGCGGUCGGAUAUCAAGGUGGUCCACUUGGUGCGUGAUCCUCGAGGCAUCCUCAACUCCGUCAAGCGCGGCGGGAACCUCUGGAGCGAGAAUAAUCGCAACGCUGCCCUUCAAUGCGCCAACAUCGAGCGUGACCUCCAACUGCAGGAGUUGGGGCCCCACAGGUACCUGCAAGUACGCUACGAGGACCUAGUGGAGAGCCCCCUGGAGGAGACCCGUCGAAUCUUCAGCUUCAUGGGCGCUAAUUUCAACGAUGACGUCAUGGCUUACCUGCGGGAACACACCUGGCUGGCCGAGAAGAUCCCAGCUGAGAAGCAAGGGUAUCUCAAGACCUUCCGGGACUCCAGCUUCAAGCAUGACCACUGGAAGACUAAUAUGGAUAACCGUGAAAUCGAAUUCAUUGAGAGUGUUUGCGGAUCUGUCAUGAAGAAACUCAAUUAUCAUCCUUUGCCUCCGACUUGAUUUUUUUCUUUUUUCUUUUUUCUUUAUUAUUCUCAGUUUUCCUCGUUCGUGGGUCAGAAAUGUUUGUAGUUUGUUUGUUUUGUUUUUUUCUGUUUUUUGUUUUAUUGAAUCUUAUUUUAUUUUAUUAACUUUUUUAUUUCUCCACUUGCCUUCCUCUUCUUUUAUUUCUUACUCUGUUUUCCUCCC